AUGCCCAGCUUCGAGAAUGGGUCAAUCGCACAGGAGCCCUCGGGUUCGACCCCAGCCCAGCAGCCGCCGGCACAGUUUCCACCAGUCUCCAGGAGUCAUAUAUUGAACUGUUCUUAUGACGCGUGGUUCCCAAGCACCGCGCCUAGAUACCGCACAUCCUGCCUCAAGUCGUCUAUCAUUAGGCUGUCACCAGAGUUUGUUGAUUAUCUUCGGGAGGAUGGCAUCAUCCUGGCGGACGAGGAGGCUACCAGUCGUGAGGCCGGUGGCGACGAGGGACCAGAUGAUGACUGGGAGCCGUCGAUAGCUACGGGAGUCUUCCAGCCUCAGCCUGGGUCGGACUCGGACAGCGACUCGGAAGACGGCGACGAGCACCAUGCACGACGGCUGCCGCCCAACUUGCGCUUCCCCGAGCUGCACCAGCAGAUCAGGGAUGAGAUCAAGCGGCUCGGUGGCCAGGUUGUCCCCAAACUAAACUGGUCCUCGCCCAAGGAUGCGACCUGGAUCAUGAUGGACAAGAACACCAUGCGAUGCACAACACCCGACGACGUCUACCUGCUGCUCAAGAGCUCUAGCUUCAUUAGCCACGACCUCGAGAACGCGUUUGACGGCUGCAUAUCCGCUGCGAACCACCGCCAGCAGCAGACCAGAGGGACACCCGAUGCGCCUACGACACUGGGGUUCGCACCAGUGCUGGUUCUUCGCCCCUACUUCAAGCCCCAGACGGCACUCGAGUUCCGCUGCUUCGUCAAGCAGAGGAACCUGGUGGCCAUCUCGCAGCGCGACCUGAAGCACUACCCGUUCCUUGCGGGUCUUCGAGAGUCGAUAGUCGACCGUGUAAUGGACCUCUUUGAGAGUGCCCUCCGAUUCACCUUUCCAGACGGCUCCUUCGUCUUCGACGUUUACAUCCCGGAGGGCUCCGACGGCGCGUCGGACGGGCUUUCGAGGGCCCGGCUCAUCGACAUCAACCCCUGGGCGCCCCGGACCGACUCGCUCCUGUUCGACUGGGAGGAGCUCCUGGACAUCCGGGUGCCGCGGCCCGUGCUGGGCACGCGCGGCGAGUCUGACGGGCAAGACGCGGCGGUGCCCGAGAGCCAGAGCGACGCGGGCGAGACGACCGACGAGGACGACGGCGAGGACGACCUGGAGCCGGAGCUGCGGCUGGUGGACGAGGACGACCCCAUCACGUCCAACCUGCUCUCGUCGCAAUACUCUGCGCACAAACUGCCUAAGGACGUUGUCGACGCCAGCGCGGCCGGCGAGGGAGGACUGAGGGUGUUUGCGGAGGAGUGGAAGCGCAUGGUCGAUAGGAGCAGCAACGCGAGGGAGUAG